AUGGCCUACAACUCUUCGCUUGACCAAUUCUGCGGAUCAAAAUUUUGGGAUAGCAACUUAACAUGGAAUACAGACAGUCCGGAAUUAACACCAUGUUUUGAAAAAACUGUACUUAUAUGGAUACCUUGUGCCUUCCUUUGGGUUGGUGCACUUUUAGAGACAUAUUAUAUUCUAAACAGCAAAGAGAGAAACAUACCGUGGAAUAUAUUUAAUAUUAGUAAACUUAUUAUUACCAUUUUAUUAAUUGUACUUAAAUUUGUGGAUCUCGGUGUAACUGUUCAUAAAGCAUCAAAAGAGGAGGAAGACGUUUUUAAUGUUGAUUUCUAUGGACCAGUAGUUAAGAUACUAACUUUUGUUUUGGCGGCAACACUUCUUUAUUAUAACAAGAAAUGUGGUAUGCGAGCAUCAGGAGUAUUGUUCUUCUUCUGGCUAUUGUUGAUACUUGCUGGUCUACCACAGUUCAGAUCUGAAAUCAUCAACCACCAACAAUUGACAGAAGAUGAGAAUGUACAAUAUAACUUUGUCAGUUACAUGAUAUACUUUUCAUUGAUUCUACUAAUGUUUGUACUAAACUGCUUUGCUGACCUCCCACCUAAGGAUUCACCAUACAAAUUUGAAAAGAACCAAUGUCCAGAAGCCGCGUCAGGUUAUCCGAGCCGUCUUACUUUUAGCUGGUUCGAUCCGCUGGCACUCACAGGGUUUAAAAGAAGUUUAGUUGAAAGUGAUCUUUGGGCACUGAAUCCGCAAGACUCAUCUGAGGAAAUCGUUCCACGAUUCGCUAAGUUCUGGGAAAGAGCCUUGAAGAAACGCGAUGCGGCAACCGGGACAAAAGCUACGUAUAGUAAGACUUCCGCCAGCGUGAACUUUAAAUCUGAAAACGAGAGGAAACCAGCGUCAAUUUUACCGGCUCUUUGUUUGGCAUUUGGCGGAGAAUUCUUUUUCGGAGCGUUACUUAAACUGUUCAACGAUGUGCUUAUGUUCGUCUCGCCACAGCUGUUGAGGCUCUUAAUAGGAUUUGUUGAAAGUAAUGAAACAAUAUGGAAAGGUUAUCUUUAUGCCGUUGCACUUUUAGCGUGUGCGAUAGCGCAAACGCUGCUAUUAGCCCAUUACUUCACGAGAAUGUACUUAGUGGGUAUGAGAAUAAGGACGGCAUUGACAAACGCAAUUUAUCGAAAAUCUUUACGGAUAUCAAACGCAGCCAAAAAGGAUUCUACAGUUGGAGAAAUUGUGAAUUUGAUGUCUGUGGACGCCCAAAGAUUUUUGGAGUUGAUGGCUUAUAUCAAUAUGAUAUGGUCUGCCCCUCUGCAGAUAACCCUCGCGUUAUAUUUCCUCUGGGGUAUUCUGGGCCCGUCUGUUCUUGCCGGCUUGGCUGUUAUGAUCGUGCUUAUUCCCGUCAAUGGGCUUAUUGCUAACAGAGUUAAGACUUUACAAAUAAGGCAGAUGAAAUAUAAGGAUGAAAGGGUUAAACUUAUGAAUGAAAUUCUCAACGGUAUUAAGGUUUUAAAAAUGUAUGCUUGGGAACCUAGUUUCGAGGAUCAAGUUAUUAAAAUCAGAAACAAGGAGAUGUAUGUCCUCAAACAAACUGCAUAUCUAAAUUCUGCAACAGCCUUCAUUUGGUCGUGUGCCCCGUUCCUGGUUACGUUUCUAACUUUCUUCACUUAUGUGAUAAGCGAUCCUGAAAAUCAUGUUUUGACACCAGUCAAGGUGUUUGUUUCGAUGGCUUUGUUUGCCACGAUGCACCUGCCUUUAGGCUUACUUCCGAUCGUCGUGGUCACAACCAUUGAGGUGUCACUGAUGUCAUUCGGAUGUUUUGUACUGGUUAACGAUACUCAAGUACUGGAUUCUAAGACGGCUUUUGUCGCUCUGUCUCUUUUCAACAUACUACGUUUUCCACUAUCCAUGCUGCCUAACGUUAUAUCGAAUGUGGUGCAAACCGCGGUUGGUAUAAAAAGAUUGAAUAAAUUCAUGAAUGCCGAAGAAUUAGAUGAAGAAUCGGUGGAACACGACCCGAAGGAUCCUAACCCAUUAUCAAUGGAAAACUGCAAUUUCUCAUGGGGAGACACGCCCGAACCAAUUCUAAAGAAUAUCAAUCUACAAGUGCCCAAAGGUCAUUUAGUUGCUGUCGUAGGCGCCGUUGGUUCCGGGAAGAGUUCACUUUUGUCCGCUUUACUUGGUGAAAUGUAUAAAACAUCAGGAAGAAUUAAUACAUUCGGUUCAUUCGCAUACGUACCACAACAAGCGUGGAUCCAGAACGCAACAUUACAAGACAACAUUUUGUUCGGCAACUCACUCGAUAAGGGCAAAUACAAUAAUGUCAUCAACAUGUGUGCACUCAAGCCAGACUUCGAGAUGCUUCCAGGCGGUGAUCAGACAGAAAUUGGUGAAAAAGGUAUCAAUUUGUCCGGUGGGCAAAAACAGCGGGUGUCAUUAGCUCGCGCCGUGUACUGUGACGCCGACAAUUACUUCUUGGAUGACCCGCUUAGCGCCGUCGACUCUCACGUUGGGAAACAUAUCUUUGACAAGGUUAUAGGACCAAAUGGGUUGCUACAAAACAAGACCCGUGUAUGGGUCACUCAUCAAGUGUCGUACUUGGCCCAAACUGACCUUGUGGUAGUGUUACGGGACGGCGAGGUCUCAGAAGUAGGCACAUACCAACAGCUGCUGGAAAAGAAGGGGGCGUUUGCCGAGUUCCUUCUUAAUCACUUGAGCGACGCUGAAAGGACAUCUCCGGAAGAAUUGGAUGAAAUAAAACAAGACUUGGAAAGCAAAUUAGGUUCAGAGUUCCAGAACAAAUUACAAAGAGCUCGAUCGCUAUCUGAGAGUGCCUCAGAAACUGAAGUACCUGCCGGAGGUGACCGACGUGAAAGUGUUAAACGGCGAACUCCGGAAGACAAUUCUGAGGAACGAAAGGAGAAGAACAAACUAAUUGAGGCUGAAAAGGCAGAAACUGGAAGUGUAAAAUGGGCAGUUUACAAGCAAUACUUAACCAGCGUUGGUGUGAUGGCGUCAUUGGUAACAUUCAUCAUGAAUAUGAUUCUACAAAUGUUCCAAGUCGGCUCAAAUUACUGGCUCGCAAAAUGGUCUAACGAUAAUGAAAUGUUGGUGAAUGGUACAGUGAACAAAGCGAGGCGUGACUUGUUUCUUGGUGUAUACGGAGGUCUUGGCAUUGGCCAGGUGAUCACCGUAUCGGUGUCGUCGCUGGCGUUGUAUCUGGGUGCGCUGGUUGCGGCGCGUACGCUGCACUCUAAGCUCCUAUCGGGCGUUCUUCGAGCGCCAUCUAUUGGCUUCUUCGACUGCACCCCCACUGGAAGAAUCCUCAACAGAUUCAGCAAGGACGUCGAAGUACUAGACAACGUCCUGCCCAUGACGCUACGGGGAUGGACAGCCUGCUUCUUCUCGGUACGACGGCGAGACGCCUUAUAUUUUACUAUCGCAUCAGUUGUCGCCGUAAUAAUGCUGUUACUGGGUUGUUGGAGAGCAGCGAAGAUCUUGCACGAGGGUUUAAUAAAGAAUGUGUUAAAAGCGCCUUUACAAACUUUCGAAAAAACGCCCAUCGGUAGAAUACUGUCUAGAUUCGGUAAAGAUGUAGAUGUUGUCGACACAACGCUGCCAAUGCAACUCUCCGACUGGUGGUAUUGUGCAGGACAGGUUCUCGGCACGUUGUUCGUCAUAAGUGUAUCGACGCCUGUAUUCGUGUUUGUGAUAUUGCCCAUCGGGGUACUAUACUACAUCAUUCAGCGUUUCUACGUGGCCACAUCCAGGCAGCUGAAGCGGCUUGAAUCCGUUUCUCGUUCCCCGAUUUAUUCACACUUUAGUGAAAGUAUCACUGGAGCUACUACGAUACGAGCCUACGGUGUUACUGAGAGGUUCGUCGAAGAGUCAGAGCGCGGUGUGGACCACAACCAAGCAUGUUAUUACCCGAGCUGCAUCGCAAACAGAUGGUUGGCAAUCCGCCUGGAAAUGAUUGGCAAUGUCAUUAUUUUCUUCGCUGCAUUGUCUGUCGUACUCGGCCGCGAUACUAUCGACCCUGGCAUUGUGGGGCUAUCUGUCACCUAUGCGCUACAGAUAACUCAAAUCCUGAACUGGCUUGUUAGAAUGACAUCGGAAGUUGAAACCAAUAUUGUAGCUGUUGAAAGGAUAAAGGAGUACUCGGACACUCCUUCGGAAGCAGCCUGGAACCUUCCAAAUGGCCCAGGUUCUACAUGGCCUGAAACAGGUGCCUUGCAAUUAGACGGACUAACAAUCUGCUACCGUCCUGGAGAACCCGUCCUACGGGAUUUGACGUGCACUGUGGCACCCCGGGAGAAAUUGGGUAUAGUCGGACGAACCGGGGCGGGCAAAUCUACGCUUACGUUAGGCCUAUUCCGCAUCGUAGAACCAAGCAGCGGUAAAAUAAUGAUCGACGGCAUCGACAUAUCGUCUAUUGGCUUACACCAGUUGCGCUCACGCAUCACUAUCAUCCCUCAAGAUCCCGUUUUAUUCUCUGGCACUUUGAGGAUGAAUCUGGACCCCUUUGAGACGUUCACAGAUGAUCAAAUAUGGAGGUCACUCGAGCAUGCCCAUCUCAAGGCUUUUGUACAAGGUCUCCCAUCGGGCCUGCUCCACGAAGUGUCAGAGGGCGGCGGUAACCUGUCUGUGGGUCAACGGCAACUGGUUUGUUUGGCCAGAGCUCUUCUUCGUAAGACACCAUUGCUCGUAUUGGACGAAGCCACUGCCGCUGUGGACCUCGAAACUGACGAUCUUAUUCAGAAAACAAUUCGUACAGAGUUCGCGUCAUGUACAGUACUAACGAUUGCGCAUCGUCUUAACACAAUAAUGGACUCGACCCGUGUAAUGGUCUUGGAUAAAGGCCAGCUGGUGGAGUAUGCUCCUCCCGAACAGCUUCUUCAGGACAAGAAUUCCAUCUUCUACAGCAUGGCAAAAGAUGCUGGACUCGUCAACUAG